AUUAAACUGAGGGUAGAACCAACUACAGAGGCGGAGCGUACCCGCCCUGACCAAGUAUAUUCACUGGAAGAAACUCGAGGUGGAAUGCGGUGUACCGUCUAGUGCAAAUUCUUCCACGCUUCGGCCCGAGAAACAAGUCGUUCCUAGAUCUUGCCUGCCGAUUCAUUGGUGUCACCCGAGCAACGUAGGCCUACACAUGAAAGACAAAACGACCGCUCUGACUUAGAUAGGUGGCCCGUUAUAUGUUGGCGGUUCUUCCUCGUUCUUGGCUAGAGUCCUCACCAGUCCCUGCAGCGAUCGGGCAAAUACGCGCUAAGAUGGCAACUUCUUCAGACCUCAAAGGUGUGUUUUAAUGUACAAUAUUGAUUUAAACAUGUUGCAGUUGCAGGCCUGUGUAUAACUAUCAUCUGUUUUAUACCCGUGGCAUUUAUUGUAGCGUAUGGUGGAGAAUCGAAGGAUUAGUCUAUCCUAAUUCAAUAAGGAACAUUGUUUUUCUACUUUGAAUUAGUUGAACAUUAUAUGCUAUCUACAAUAAUGGUGGUGUCCAUCUCUCGAGUGAUGUCGUUUUUCGAUUGGCUUUUGGAAGACUAAAGUUUCAGGUCCCAGCUGUUUGAGUUGUUCGGGUCUACAUACAGCGGCGCAGGACGUCCGCGGAUUCUGUUUACAAAUGCAAUGCAAAUCUUUUUAGUGUUUAUUAAUGUUUAUAUUUCCCGACCAUAUGAACGAGGCCCCAUGAUUAUAAUGUAAAGCUAUAUAUAUUAUGUGUUUUACACUGAACCCAGGCAGGCUCCUGUGUUACGUAACUGUUUCCCAUCGUGACCGUCUGUCCGUUAGUUUGUCCGGCCACAGCUGCCAAACCACUUGCAGGGUUAUCAACUUGAUCGGUCACAACUCGGUGUUUGAGAUGGCCUUUUAAACCUGAUGGCCACGGUCACGGCCCUGAUGUAGCCUAUCCAUUCCUUCACCGUGGGAGACCCGUCGGCUGUAGCCUACUUUUUCCACUCACAACCAGCCGCUCUUUCUCUUGGCCUUGAUCCCCUUCUAUCAGAACGCUGCAUCUCUGUGUUGUGUAUGACGUGGCUCAUGAGUCACAACCAGGGGGUUUUAAUACACAUUAUAAUUAUCGAUCGAGCUCAUACAUGAAGGUAGGCUUUUAGGGGAUUUAAAGCUGUUAUCAGUUUAGUGAGUAGCCGGAGGCAGGUUAUGUUGUUAUUAGUAGGUUGAAGGUAAAACAGACGUAUGAUCGCAAAUAGAUACAACGGGAUUCUGGGCCAUGCGAAUCUGGCGAAAACCUAUUUAGAAAUUCCAGUAACAGCCUACAUACAAAGUAGACUACACCUUGUUCUUGAUUGUUUUUAUGCGUUACAUUAGACCACUAAACGUCAAUGAGUUGCAGUGGCGCGUAGAAGCGCAAAGCACGGUGAUUGGUUAGGAUGGGGGUCAGUCAUUGACCUGAAGAGAAUAUGGUACAGGAACACGCCCACCAACGUCAUAGUACGUCAGAGGGGAGGAGAGAGCGAAGACCGCGCAGUCAGUCCCUCCCUCCUCUCAGCCCUCAUAUAAAGCUGCCAAAAUGCCGAGAUAGUUUAGGUACAGUUUUGGAGAACAUUCAUUCUUUUCUUUGGAAUAUACACUUCUCUACUAUGACGAUACAAACAGACAUAGACACAUCAGCUCUGACCGACUCGAAAUCGCGAAGGAUGGUAGCAUUGCUAACUGCUUUUAUGAAACAGAGGAGAAUGGGUCUGAACGACUUCAUACAAAGGAUUGCAACAAAUUCCUACGCCUGCAAGCAUCCUGAGGUUCAGUCCAUCCUGAACAUGAAUCCACCUCAGGACGCCGCUGAACUCAUGAACGCCAACCCCUCCCCUCCGCCCAGCCCAUCCCAGCAGAUCAACCUGGGCCCGUCCUCUAACCCCACCGCCAAGCCCAGCGACUUCCACUUCCUCAAGGUGAUCGGCAAGGGCAGCUUCGGCAAGGUGCUGCUGGCGCGCCACCGCUCGGACGACCAGUUCUACGCGGUCAAAGUGCUGCAGAAGAAGGCCAUCCUCAAGAAGAAGGAGGAGAAACACAUCAUGUCAGAGAGGAAUGUGCUCCUGAAGAACGUAAAGCACCCGUUCCUCGUGGGCCUGCACUACUCCUUCCAGACGGCGGACAAACUCUACUUUGUCCUGGACUACAUCAAUGGGGGAGAGCUCUUCUACCACCUGCAGAGGGAGCGAUGCUUCCUGGAGCCUCGGGCGCGCUUCUACGCCGCCGAGAUUGCCAGCGCCCUGGGCUACCUCCACUCCCUCAACAUCGUGUACCGGGACCUGAAGCCCGAGAACAUCCUGCUCGACCAGCAGGGCCACAUCAUCCUCACCGACUUCGGCCUGUGCAAGGAGAACAUCGAGCUCAACGGAACCACGUCCACCUUCUGCGGUACACCCGAGUAUCUGGCUCCCGAGGUGCUGCACAAGCAGCCGUACGACCGGACGGUAGAUUGGUGGUGCUUGGGAGCUGUGAUCUACGAGAUGCUCUACGGCCUUCCUCCGUUCUACAGCCGCAACACAGCGGAGAUGUACGACAACAUCCUCAACAAACCGCUGCAGCUGAAGCCCAACAUCUCCAACGCGGCCCGGCACCUUCUGGAAGGUCUUCUCCAGAAGGACCGCACCAAGAGACUGGGCUGCACAGACGACUUUACUGAGAUCAAGAACCACAUGUUCUUCUCCCCCAUCAACUGGGAAGAACUGAACGCAAAGAAGCUCACCCCUCCCUUCAACCCCAACGUGACGGGCCCUAAUGACCUGCGGCACUUUGACCCAGAGUUCACGGACGAGCCUGUGCCCAACUCCAUCGGCUGUUCCCCCGACAGCGCCCUGGUCACGGCCAGCAUCAAGGACGCCGCCGAGGCCUUCCUGGGCUUCUCCUACGCCCCGUCCAUGGACUCCUACCUAUAGGGCCACGGCAGGAACACUGCACUGUAGCAGGGGUGCACACCACGGACACUAUUUAAGACACAGGGAGGUGGCGGAUAAAGUCGACGGGCGGGUACCUUCACGGACACAGGGGGGGGGGGCAGCGUGCAGGAGAAGACUUGCACCUCGCCUUCCCCCCAUUCCCCGUCUGGAUGAUGGAAACUGAUGACCAUAUCCAACCCAUUAACCGUUUGAGAACCCCCCUCCUUAUCUAUUCUGAGCGUCGACCCCUUUGGAAGAGUUUGAGAGGAAACGCAAUUUGAGGGUCUGCCUGCCAAACCCACCCUGAUCCCUCAACUUGAGCCCAUGCCACGCCCAUGUCCUGCGAUAUAGCGCGAUUCUUAGUCGGGGACAUUUUGCACAUUAGCUCUGAUAGCUGUGAGGCUCAACUUGAAACUACAAAAAAACACUAUCCCAUGCAUGUGCACUUACCAGUAGACAGACUCAGAACAAUAAAAUAACCAACCAGAGAUUUGCACAAACGCGUCAAAGGGGUUCAAGGCCUUUCCCACAGGAGGAAGACUUGGGUGUACCAACCCCAUUACGUGGUUUCUAAACUUCAUCUUACGUAGCUACGUAGCGUGUUAUUUUCUCCGGCAUGGCACCUGUGGGCCUGCCUAUCAAUUUUACAGAGCAACAUGGAGAUAGUGUGCAUGUGGUGCUUUAGUUUCUUUGCAUUGUUUCUAUUUUUUCCAUUUUAUUGCAAAUGGAGAUAUUUAAAGCUGAAUGUUACUAAGGGGGACUUACGUGUGGGGGUUCAUCUUAAAAGGUGCCUUUAUGUUUCUUCUCCCGCAGAAAUUGUUUGUUCUUUUCAUUUUGUCUCCAACUCCUCGUUUUGACCUUAUUGUCCUGUUACGGUCGAUUGUUUGGUUAUUUAUCUUAUGUUUGAUGGAGAAUGGUCGGCGGAAAGGAACAAUGUAGCACAAAGUCUGUACCCAGGGUCAGUCAUCGAUACGUUAGAGCGUUUGGUUAAGAUUUAAACAGCGUGGGAUGCGUUCCACAGACACUGGCUCUUCAUCUGACAUCAAACUGACAACGACCGAUAACGGCCAAGCUGGAUGGCACUAGGCUAGAGCGAGAGGGAGACAGAGUAAGGAAGAUAACUGCUGCUGUGAACGGUGUGUGUGUGUGUGUGUGGUGUGUGUGGUGUGUGUGUUGUGUGUGUUGCCUAAAACCGUAUGUGUGCUGUGUCUAAAAAUCGUCCCUAUCUUUUAUGUUUGUUUACCAAACGAGUCCCCCUCAUAAUGUCUUCCAUAAGCCUCCCGAUACCGAACAAAGUCUCAUUAACAUCUGAACUCGACAUUCCAUUGUAAUAUUGCUGUUAACACAGUUUGAGGGUAUUUAAGUUUAUUUGUAUAUUUGGAGUUACGUGUACUAGUUUUAAUGUAUAUUGAACGAAGACAUGAUGGUAUGCCUAAAAUAUGUAUAUGUAACAAUUUAUGUUAAAUGUAUUGUAAAUUGUAAAACUUUCAGAUUUAUGUGACCACAAAUGGUUUGCAAUAAAAAAUGUUUAACUUAAGACCUAUGCCUUGUCCAUUAUCUCUUAUUGUCAUAUUUUUUUUUAACGGUUUUUAGUAGUUUCGCAUCGUAUCAUCUUGUUACAAUAAUAACGAAUGGUGUACCCUAGCUGUUUUAUUGUAGCCCUGCAGUACGUCUUUGAAGUGAAAGUCAACCAAAAGCGGGAUCUGGGCCUAUUUCAAACGAGUCAGCAAUGUCUCAGUGGCCACCCCAUGAAAACCUUUCUCGCUUCUCUUCACAAUAACAGUUAAGAAUGCGGGAAAAUUAUGCUGAAUUAAAACGGUGAACAUUGCUCAAGAACGGGACUAUAGGACUUGGUGUAUAGUUGGUAGGGAUUCGAGCCUGUGACCAACUGAGUAGCGUCCUACAUAAGCAGCGAGUUAGACUUCAACCCUCCUGUGUGCGUCAGCAGCACUGUUAUGCAACUUUUGAUUGUGUGUGUGUUUGUGUGUCAGAGGGUUGAGCAUGGAUUAACUGAUAGGGCCUCGGUAGGUCAAAAGAUUUGUCUGAACCCUGUGUGGAAAGUCAGCUGGUGCAA